UUGCCUAUUUUGGUCAAGGAUCAGGACCAAUCUGGAUGAGUGUUCUAACAUGUUUAGGAACAGAGUCUACACUGAAGAACUGUGGGUCAGCAGGAUGGAAUAAACCUGUCUGCACUCAUAAUCAUGAUGCUGGUGUCACAUGCUCAGGUCACAAACGCUCCAGACUUGCUGAUGGGUCUAAUCUUUGCUCUGGGAGGUUAGAGAUACUUCAUGAUCAGACGUGGAUGUCAGUGUGUGACGCUGUCUUUGACCAGCAGGAUGCAGAGGUUGUGUGUAGAGAGCUGGACUGUGGGGCUCCUGUACAGGUGCUGGGAGCAGCUGCUUUUGACAAAGGAGACACUCAGAUGUUGACACAAGAGAUUCAGUGCAGAGGAAAUGAGUCUCAUAUAUCAUUCUGUUCAAUAUCAUCACUCAAACACAACUGCACUUUUGACAACAUUGUGGGACUGAUCUGCUCUGGUUACACUGAUCUCAGACUGAUAAAUGGCUCAGACUCUUGUUCUGGAAGAGUGGAGCUUCAGUUCCUCAAAGAGUGGGGCACAGUUUGUGAUGCAUGCUGGGAUAAGAGAAGAGCUACUGGUUUUGGAGAGGGGAAGUGGUGA